AUAGUUUUCCUUCGCUCCAAGGCCUCCGUCCAUUCAUUUUGUCUCUGCAGUUCCCACCCACCUACCUUCACAGCCACCUCGUUUCUCCUCGCUUUCUCGCAUUUCUCCCACUGAUUUUCCUGGGAAUCUCCAUCCGCCCCAACACGGCUCCUGUAUUCACCUUGUUCGAUCGCCGAAUCCCUGUCGGUUCUUAAUUUAUCUCGGUCAAUGCACUUUAGCUGAGGUUUGCUGAGCGGUGGAUUCUACAAUGGAAAACGGCGUCGUAGAGAACGGAGUGUGCUCCUCAGAAUCGGUAAAUGGAGGCCGCGACUUGUGGAGCUGUAAGGACUCCGAUUCUUCUUCCGCCGAUCAUCUCGUUGUCAUGGUUAACGGAAUCCUCGGCAGUGCUACAGAUUGGAAGUUUGCAGCAGAGCAGUUUGUUAAAGUGCUCCCUGAUAAAGUGUUUGUUCAUUGCAGUAAACGAAAUGUGUCUAAAUUGACUCUAGACGGUGUGGAUGUGAUGGGAGAGCGAUUAGCUGAGGAGGUCAUUGAAGUCAUCAGAAGAAAGCCAAAUCUACGUAAGAUCUCCUUUGUGGCACACUCUGUGGGAGGACUUGUGGCAAGAUAUGCUAUUGGGAGAUUGUAUAGACCACCUGAGAGGGAAAAUCUGGAGGAUUCAUCUUCUAAUAGAUCUGAAGAGGAUUCAAGGGGUACAAUAGGUGGCUUGGAGGCUAUGAAUUUCAUCACAUCUGCUACACCUCAUCUUGGUUCAAGGGGUCAUAAGCAGGUACCAUUUCUUUUUGGUGUACCUGCUAUUGAGAAACUUGCAAGUUUUGUUAUUCAUUUGAUAUUUAGGAGAACAGGUCGUCAUCUUUUUAUGAAUGAUGAUGAUGAAGGAAAGCCUCCAUUGCUUAAACGCAUGAUAGAAGAUUAUGGUGACUGUUAUUUCAUGUCUGCAUUGCGUGCAUUCAGGCAUCGGGUUGCUUAUUCAAAUGUGGGCUAUGACCAUAUCGUGGGCUGGAGAACAUCAUGUAUUAGGCGUAAUAGUGAUCUUCCAAAGUGGGAGGAUACUCUUAAUGAAAAAUAUCCGCAUGUUGUAUAUGAAGAACACUGCAAGGCUUAUGAUGAUGAGCAGUGUGAGCCUACUUCAAUUGAAGAUGAUGGCUAUGACAAGCUUGAAGUCUUACAUUGUGCAGAGGAACUGGUGACUGGCCUAUCUCGUGUUUCAUGGGACAAAGUAGAUGUUAGCUUUCACAGCUGCAGACAGAGGUUUGCUGCUCAUAGUGUUAUUCAGGUCAAAGACCAAAGUAUGCAUAUAGAAGGUGCAGAUGUUAUACAGCAUAUGAUCGAUCAUUUUCUCACCUAGAAGCCGGAUUCCUGGAUGUUUACACACCACAGACAGGGCUGCAAGCUUCCAUAAGUUCCAUUGGUUGUAGGAAUUGAUUCUCUCAACACACGGCUUGGUCUCGCAUAAAUUGUGACUAUGCAAGCAGUUAAAAAGAAAUUUUGUUUUCUUGGCAUCCUUGCAAUGUAUUUGUACAGACGCUCCCAAUAAACACAAACGGUACAUUAUAGAAACACAUGUAUUGGUCGAUUAUAUUCUAACACUUGCAGUAACUGUCGUUCCCAUACUUGUGGGGAUACAUGCCCAUUAUUUUGUAGGGUAUCAAACAGACUUGAAGCGAAGUAGAUUGGAUCUAACUUGCUCAAUUAAUGUUGGAGCAAGGUCUGAAUUUGAAUUAAUUAUAAGGGUAAAUACAUGAGUUGAUUGAAUU